AUGGGCGGGAUACAAGGGGCACAAGAGUUACUGCAAGCUGCGCACGUAGCUCCGGAGAUAUUCCAGCUGCGUCCGGACUACCGCGUUCUCUUGAUGGUGGUAGAGGGCAUUCCUCCAGGCCCAAGUGAUGAUUUCAGUGAGGCCCUUUUGAUGGAGGCUGAGAGUUCCGUCAAGGCCAAGUUAUCCAAUUGUCCUGUUACCGAACUUCCGCACAUCGCCGCAUGGCGCGAGGCCUACAAAGCCUUCGGAGCGAAGCCGCAAAGAACGCGCAACAGCCUCGAGGCUUUGACUCGGCGCGCGCAGGAUGGCUUGCCACGAGUCAACCGGCUGACCGACAUCUACAACGCUAUCUCCAUCAAGUAUCAGAUCCCAUUUGGAGGCGAGGAUCUUGACAAAUACGAUGGAUCGCCUUUCCUCGUCCGCGCAACUGGUCAUGAGGAGUUCGAAACUUUUUCUGGCGGGAAGCCUCAAACGGAACUUGCAGCACCAGGCGAGCCUGUUUGGUGUGACGAUAAUGGUAUUACUUGUCGUCGAUGGAAUUGGCGGCAAGGCCCACGAACUGCUUUGACCGAUGAUACCUCGCGCGUUUUGUUUAUCCUGGAUGCAUUAGAGCCUUUGACAGACGAUGUACUGGCUCAAGCUGCCGAUGAGCUCGCCUUGGCGUUGCAAGGGCUAUCCCCGGAGGUGGAAACAGUGCGCCGAAUUAUUGGUCCUUCAAUUUAA